CUUCUCCUUCCAUUCCACACGCCAUCAAGGUCUGGGAGAGUGCAGAAUUGUGUAGCUUGAUCCCUGGAGUAAGGGACACUUCUGCGGGACAAAUCCCAAGUUGGAAGAGGACCUCCAGACACACAAUCCAUUGACAUUUUUACGGGCAGAAGACCAAGCAUGAAGCCUGCUCAAUUUCCCAUCUCAGCCAUAGUUUUGCUCCUUUGCAUCUCUUGGAUAUGGCCUGUCUUGAGUUGCAAUAAGGCUCUCUGCGCAAGCGAUGUCAGCAAAUGUUUAAUACAGGAGCUAUGUCAGUGUCGACCCACAGAUGGGAACUGCUCUUGCUGUAAGGAGUGUAUGCUUUGCCUUGGCACGCUGUGGGAUGAGUGCUGUGACUGCGUGGGAAUGUGCAAUCCAAGGAAUUACAGUGAUACCCCACCAACCUCCAAGAGUACCGUAGAGGAACUUCAUGAACCCAUUCCAUCCUUGUUCCGGGCACUGACGGAAGGAGACACCCAUUUGAACUGGAAUAUUGUGUCCUUUCCUGUGAUAGAAGAGCUUUCCCACCACGAGAAUCUGGUCUCCUUCCUGGAGACUGUGAAUCAACCACAACCCCAAAAUGUGUCUGUUCCUCAAAGUGGUUCUCAUGUGUCUCAUAGCAGCGAGAAAGAGCACAUGUGCACGGUGGCUUAUUUUGAUGACUGCAUGUCGAUCCAUCAAUGUAAGGUUUCCUGCGAGUCCAUGGGAGCAUCCAAGUACCGGUGGUUUCACAACGCCUGCUGUGAAUGUGUGGGACCAGAGUGUAUCGACUACGGCAGCAAGACUGUCAAGUGUAUCAACUGUAUGUUUUGAGGGUCCUCUCCUUGGACACGUUCUAGUAACCAUAUUUUAUAUUGCCUCUUCUGAAGAGGUGUACUACAUGUUACAAAAUACCACAUUGUUAUCUCUUUGGAAGUGAAGGUGAUGG